AAUCAUAGAGAGCAACCAAAACUAAAAUCAUGGGGAAAGGCAAUGAAAGUAUUGCUUAUGUUGUGCAUGGUGGGAUACCUUGCCUCAGUUGCAUUUGCCAUUCGAGUGAACGAUGACAAUGGUGCUGAAGAGGGUGGUGCCAACGGCGAGGGGGGUGCUUCCGGUAAUGUCAAUGCCACUGCUUCUGCCUAUGUACCUUCCUAUCCCACCCAGCGUUACGGAAGUGAUUCACUUACGCUGUUGGCUAGAGUAAGUGAAGCCUUAUGGGAUGGUGGGGAUAAAUGUACAAAGACUUUGAGAGUGAGGUGCAUUAGUUCCUCCGACGCAAGCAAACCUUGCAAAGGCAUACCUCUGUCGAUGUAAGAGUAGCUGAUUACUGCCCAGACUGCAAGACAACUUUUCAGAUUUCUCAUGAUGCUUAUGCCAAGAUUGCUGAUCCUGAUGCUCCAUCAAUCCAAGUUGGAUAUAGCUUGUAACUCCACUUCACUUGGUUUUACAUAUAUAUAAUAUAAUCAAGUAAUUAAAUUA